AGUCGACACAAUUUAAAUUGAGCAUAUCAGGGAAUGAAUCUGAAGUCUAAAUUUGACUUGUGUUCAUCCCCGGAUUGUUGUUCUUGGAGUAUAACAACAAUUUGCUUGCAGCGACUGGUGCAAGGCAAGCUCAUCUCCACGAGAAUGACAAGGAUCGCCCUGCAGCCUCCCGUUCUCUCCGCUUGCUCUAUCAUCAUGAGCAUCCUCUUUGCUUACUCUGCAUCUGUUCAGCUUAACGAUCCAGAUUGGUAUUUGUGGUUGCCUUUCUAUGCCUCUGCAUCCUUUGUCGAUCUCCUUUACGUUGGGUUCGCUGCAUCAAGAAGGCUGCGUCAGGCGGCUUCGCUGGUGCUUUGGGGCGGCGUUCUCCUUCUCGUGAAGGUGGUGGUGGAGGAUUAUGUCGACGGGUGUAGUGGGCUUUUGUCGCUGGACAUGCGCGAGAGGGUCGUGAGGGAGAAGCUUGGGAGUGGCCUGGUGGUUUUGUCCAUGAGCUUGCAGCUCAAAGUCUCUUCCAACGAGGGCGAGGUAGAAGAAAGGCAAAGCUCAGCGAGACUCGCUCAAUCUGGAAUUGUAGCCCUUGUGGCAGUCAGCAUCGGCCUCACCCUGCACUUCUUCACUAAUGUUGUCGAACAUAUGAAAAAGUUGUGAUUAUCUUACCCAAAAAAGCUAGUUCGAUCGACUAUGAUAUAA